AUGGCCACUUGCAGACUCGCCGCAAGCCCGUUGCCGCAAGGCCAUGUCAUGCGCUGGCCGCUGGACGAGGACGACGACCUGCGCGGGCGCCUCCACGCGCCGUCCCCGCGUCUCUCCGGCCUUCCUCUCUUCCACGGCAGGAGCCGCAGGCGGCCGUCCUCCUCCGUGGUCUGCAUGCCGGAGCCCUAUCUGAUUGCCAAGCUGGAUUCUGCAGAGAAGGCCUGGAAAGAAAUGUCGCAGCAGAAUUACAACUCACCCCAAGUCACUGAAAUUAUUGAACAGCAGCAGUUACAGGAGGGAAGAGACCGUCGACAGAGCCCCCUGAUCAAGCCAAAUGGUGACUUAGAUACCUUCAUGCUGUACAGGGCACUGAAAACGGCUGAUUCCAAUCCUGAACCUUGGGCAAAGUUUGUAUGGAACAACAAGGCGCCGCCUAGGGUCAAAUUCUUUGCGUGGCUGCUAUCACAAGGAAGACUACAGUGCAAGGCCAAUCUAGCCAGGAAGAGGAUCGUGGAAGGCCCAGUUUGUGAUAUCUGCCAUGCAGCGGAUGAAACGGCAGAUCAUGUCAUCUUUGGUUGCCCUGCUGAUGACAGCUGCGAAGGAAUAGCAGUCUUCAGGAAUGACAGGACCACGCUCCAAGGAACUCUUACGGCAUGCAAAUCGAAGCUCAACUAUGGAAGAAAUACUGUGAGCGCAACAACUGGAAGUUUAAGCCGGUUUCUCAGCUCAGAAGCAGAAAUGGGUGGAUACAAGACAUACGUGAUGGAGGUCAAGGGGAAACAAAUCUAUAGUAAAUUGAAGUUUGAGUCAGGUGUACACCGUGUUCAGCGUGUUCCCCAGACAGAGACUAUGGGCCAUGUUCAUGCGUCAACAGCAACUGUAGCUAUUAUGCCAGAGGCCGAUGAACUUGAUGUGGUUAUUGAUCCAAAAGAUAUUGAGCUUAAAACAGCAAGAUCUGGUGGAGCUGGAGGGCAGAAUGUUAACAAGGUGGAGACGACUGUUAAUCUUAUUCACAAGCCUACAUGA